CAGAUGAUGAAAAUCGACCGCUACAAAGAACGUAUUGACCAUAUGUUGUUUAAAAUCGAGUUCACCGAAAAGCUUCGACACUUGAGUGAAAAUAUGAAUGCUGUUCUUGAAGCAUCCAACGCACUCAAAGAGUCAAAGGCUUUGAAGGAACUUUUGAAUCUUAUCUUGAUGAUGGGUAACUUUUUAAAUAGCAGCAGCUUUAACGGUGGUGCGUUUGGAAUUAAGAUUGCUAGUAUCAACAAGGUUCGUGGACUUGGAGCAAAGUAUGGUUUUAUCCAGCUAACAUAUAAAUACUGACCAUCAUGUUGAACACCCACAGCUGGUGGAUACGAAGGCAGCAACGGAGAAUACAACGUUACUGCAUUUCCUUGCAAAGGUGGUCGAAGAAAAACUCCCGCGUGUAAAUGAAUUUGUUGAGGAUCUGAAAGACUGUGAUCUCGCAUGUAAAGUUACACUACAGGACCUAAUCAAAGAAUACAACGAGCUUCGCAGCGGGCUGCAACAGCUUAGUCAAGAACUUGCAACCCAUUAUGACGAUGAAAAUUAUGUCGCAAACCCCGGUGACAAUUUUGCAUCCACUAUGCACAAGUUCUGCAGACAUGCUAUAGAAAAGUUCGACGACUUAGAAAUU